AUGACUGGCUUCACAGAAGAGAUGCUUGUAAAGGUGGAAUAUAGGGGAGUGCAGAAGUACAAUAAAGUUCCACAAAUAACAGCUAAAUUCUGCUGUGAGCUUCAGCUCUUCACAGAAGGUGUCCUCGUCCUUACUGAUACCUCGGACACUGAAGUUGGCUCAGACAUUUUUGAUGAACUUCUAAGGUCUGGGGUUCGAGCUUUCAUGCUUGGAUACCAAAAGCAGCUAGCAACAGAUAUUGAGAUCAGUUUGGUUGAAGAUGAAUUACAAUCAUCAGUGCAGGCCACCCCUCUUGUCACUCCAACAUCACCAGUUUCACUGUCAGACCAUUCCUCAUCCCCUGCUUCUUCUUGUUCUUCGGAUUCAACUCUUAUCCUCAAAAGUACAAAGAACAGAAAAAAGGGCCAAGAAGAGCUUGAUCGUGAUGAUGCAAAACAGAUGGUGUAUACAGUCCUGAGGUCAAACCCAAAGGGUGAAGAAAUCUUCAAUGAAUAUCACAAAACUAAAACGCUCUCAGAUGCAACUCGUCGGCAAAUGGUCAACAUACUGGUCGCAGAUAUGAUAGAAUCUCAUGGGUAUAACUCUUUUGAUGAUCAAAGAAAUCCGUAUUCACUGACCAGAGAGGACCCUCUUUUUGGGGGGAUGGGGAGUGACUGCAGGGCCACCGACUGGACGGGACCUCUGCUGAGAGCCAUGAGCCGCCUGUCCUCAGCUAGAGGAGUGAGGCUAGGGACGAGUAAGGCAGGCUCCCUGCCACCGUCCGCUGGGGGACUGGCCCCGGAGCUGACGGCUCGGUACCAGUGCCCGGGUAACAAAUACAGGGCCAGGUUGGAGGAGGAUAGAGUAGAUCGGAGCCAGAUGAAACCUGACCUGGACAAAGGCUGA